AGGCAACCGGGCUGCCGCUGCCGCGAAAAGGGGGCUUGCCCGCCACCGGCGUUGCACAUCCAGACGACGGCGUCUGCCGCCUCAACGCUCUACGCGCCACGCUCAGCCUAUCAGUCUGGCCGCCGCCUCCAGUUCGCACUAUCGGUCGCGAAUCGCGCGCGUGCGACUGAUGUUGCCGCGUGAAUCCACGCGCGAUGCACCCCCCCACGUCGGCCCUGAACGACACCGUCAUCCAGUGCGUGGACGGCUUGAUGCUGCCCUGUUGGCGGCCCCUGGAAGAUGUUCCUUUGCCGGAGCGCGUCGGCAGGGGGAUCGUCUACUUCUUCGCACUCGCUUAUCUCUUCAUCGGCGUUUCGAUCAUCUCGGAUCGCUUCAUGGCUGCCAUUGAGGUUAUCACCUCCCAGGAGCGAGAGGUCACUGUUAGGAAGGCUAAUGGUGACACACAGAUCGUUGUUGUACGAGUUUGGAAUGAGACUGUCGCUAAUCUUACCCUUAUGGCUUUGGGGUCCAGCGCGCCUGAAAUUCUUCUUUCUGUCAUUGAGAUCUACGCGAAGAAUUUUGAAGCUGGAGACUUGGGACCUGGAACUAUCGUCGGUUCUGCGGCUUAUAACCUUUUGGUUAUCAUAGCGCUGUGUGUCUCCGUGAUACCCAAUGGGGAAGUCCGGAAGAUUAAGCAUCUAGGCGUGUUCUUCGUCACAGCUACAUGGUCGGUCUUCGCCUACGUGUGGCUCUACCUGAUCCUGUGCUUUUUCUCGCCUGGUAUCGUGGAAAUCUGGGAAGGACUCCUUACGUUCCUGUUCUUUCCUCUCACUGUCUUAACUGCCUACGCAGCUGACAGAAAGCUCCAUAAAUUCGUGCGUAAAGACUACCGCAUGAAUCGCAGAGGCGUAAUCGUUCAAGCAGAAGGAGCAGACAACCUGGAAAUGGGCAACACCGAACUCCUGGCUGACGACGUCCAUGAAGACAUAAAGAACGAGUACAUCAGCACCCUCAAGGAGCUUAGACAGCAAAAUCCCCACGCAGAUCUCAGCAUGCUAGAAAAGAUGGCACACGAGAUCCUCUUGAACAAGGGACCGAAAUCAAGAGCAUUUUACCGAAUCCAAGCCACCAGAAAGCUCAUGGGCAGCGGAGACCUUCUGAGGCGUAUCUCAGAAAGAGCUCAGAGCGAUCUAAGCGAGGUGAAGGCCGAGUUACAAAGGGAAUCUGGCCAGACGGGUUACAGCCAAGGUGGGAGCCGAGUGUGUUUCGAUCCUUGCAAGUAUACGGUGCUGGAAAGCUGUGGGAGGUUCGAGGUCAGGGUUGUGAGAAUGGGAGAUGUGGAUAGCAUUGUCUCCGUGGAUUACACGACAGAAGAUGGAACUGCGCAGGUCGGCAGUGAUUACGUCAAGGCCAUGGGGACAUUGCAGUUUGCACCAGGAGAAAAAGAGAAAAGGAUUACCCUAGAAGUGAUAGACGACGACGUAUUCGAGCCUGACGAACACUUUUACGUCCGCCUGAUGAACGAACGACCCCCAGGGAGCCUCGGCACACCCUCUUUGGCUACCGUGGUCAUUUUGGACGAUGACCACGGGGGGUUGUUCCAAUUCGAGGCUCAGGACCACGAGCUGGUCGAAAGUGUGGGCACGUACGAGUUGCGAGUGAUGCGUAAAUCAGGCGCUAGGGGGCGCGUGGUGAUUCCUUAUUGGACGGAGGAUGGUACGGCCAAGCAGGGUAAGGAGUACGACCGGGCUGAAGGAGAGCUGGUGUUCGAGAAUAAUGAAUCAGAGUGAGUAAU